GCAUUUUAUUCGGAUUAUUCGCCGGGCGUGGAAUGUCUGUUUGAAUGCCGACACGCCAUAACUUCGCUUUGCUACACACCCGAUGGCACUUUCCUGCUCACAGCCGGAAGAAAGGAUGAUGACAUUAUUUGCUGGGAUUUGCGUUCGCCUGGAAAAAUUUACAGUUUAUAUCGUAGACCCUCACAAACAAAUCAAAAAAUCCACUUUGAUAUGGACAGCUCAGGCCACUACCUGUUCAGUGGCAGUACCACUGGUGAUCUGUACAUUUUCGACCUGAAAUCAACGAAUGGCCCAGAGCAACCAACGCCAGCAGUUGUCAAAGUGUCACAGGCUCAUCGUGCUGCUCUUUGCGGUGUGAGUGUCAAUAAAGAACGAGCAGUUGUUGCAACAUGCAGUGGACAGAGGGUAUUCCCGUUCCCAGAACUGGAUGAUGUGGAAGUGGUGGAUGAAAAUGGCACAUACGAAGACACAAAUUCGCCCGAAUUUUACGAUAAUUCUCUGGCACUCUGGGAUCUUCAAGUCUGA